GUUGAGAACCACACAUUCGUAGAGCUCACGGGAUACAGGCGUGACAGGUUCGCCCGGAUCUGCCGAACGACCUGUUCGCGACAGCCUUUCCGCGCUUGAGAGACAUCUGCGGCCUCGAGGACGGCCACAGAAGCAGCACACGCCAGCCGAGGGGCGCAUGCACCGCACCGCUCCCCCAUUGGCCCGCUGACCGGCCCCCGUUCACCGUCGACGAGCGGCAACUGCAUGCGGAUGCCGUAGAGGCGAGUCGACUUCAGUCGAGUGUUUGAAGGAAAGGAGCCUCCGAUAGAACCGACUCGUCUGACAACGGAUAGAGUGCGUCUCUCUCGUCAUGGAGAAGGAGGACGAGAGAAGGGAUGAGCGAAGGGAGGAGAGGCGCGAGGAGAGAGACCGUCAUGACGGCGAGGAGUCGUCUGUGGCUGGCGACGGAGAGGGCCGCAAGGCCUGGGCGGACGUGAGCGACGAUGAGGACGUCCUGCCGCACCACCAGCACCACCAGCACCGCGGCGAGAGGGGAACCCCGCAAAGGCGCGACGGUAUGCAUGUCUGUGGGCGAGUCACUGAAUCGAUGGACACAGCCUGGUCGAUCCCUCGUGUGUGCGUGUGGCUUGGUGGCUUGCUUGGUGCAGAGGAGGAGGAUGAGGGCGAGCGCUAUGGCGAGCGAGAGCGUGGCGGUGGCGGCGGAGGUGGGCGUCAGCGUGGUGAUCGGCCCUCUCGUCCGGCGGGCAGGGACCGAUAUGACGACUAUGACGAUAGACGUGAGUCGAGUCGAGUCGAGGGAGUGACAUCCACACACACAGACACAGACACGGACACAGACACGGACAGGCGUCAGUCACAUCAUCUGGUGUGUGUGCAGGUGGUGGUGGUGGAGGUGGUGGGUAUCGUGACCGCGGCGGCUAUGACGACUACGGCAGGGGCGGUCGCGGCCCGCCCCCGCCGCGCGGCGGGGGACGGGACAGGUACUACGAGAGGGAGAGGUGCCCGCCCAUCCCGGAAACCGUAAGCACCACAUGUGAUCCAUCCAUCCAUCGAUCGACCGAAUGGUUCGUGUGCUGGUUGGUCAGUAUAAGGGCCCCUAUUGUUUGAUGCUGCACAACAUUCCCUACGAGGCCAUUAGGCGCGACGUGGAAGACUUCCUCAGACCUUGCAGAGUCAGACAGACAGCACAGCACAGCCAGACAACCCUCCCUCGCUCGCCAACCUUGGCUGUGCAUCUCUCUCUCUCUCUCUCUGUGUGUGUGUGUGUGUGUGCGUGUGUGUGCGUGUGUGUGCGUGUGUGUGGCUGUGCAGGCGGACCACAUAAGGCUGGACCUCGACCCUCGCAAUCCUAGCAAGAAUGUCGGCAGAUGUGAGCAGCCACACACACACACACACACACGCCACGCGCCUCACCGCUUUAUCUAUCAUAUGUCUGUCGCCCACACUCACUCAGGUUACGUCGAGUUCGACGACCGUCGCGACUUUGAGGAUGUGUGGAAACUCGAAGGAGAGGUGCGGACACACUCACACACAAUAUGUCUUCAAUCACACGCAGGCACACACUGACUGCCUCCCCUCCAUGGGUUUCAGAGGAUGCUCGGCCGCGAGAUCCGCAUCAGCCUGGCCGACGAGAUGAAGGGCGCCAUCGGCGGCCGGGGGGCGCCUGGCGGCCGACGCGACGACAGAGACAGACCUGGAUACGGCUUCACGCGCAGAAGGCAAGACUGACAAGCCCACACACACAGACAGGCAGCGCACAGAUCUUUGUGUGCAUGUGUGUGUGUGUGUGUGUAUGUGCAGCAGCAGGGAGGAUGACUAUUAUCGUGACUCUGACUACCAUCGCGGCUAUAGCUAUGGCGGUGGUGGUGGCGGUGGCGGUGGCGGUGGGGGCCGCGACAGGUACCCCAACCUCGGGCGCUCGGACAGAGACCGAGACGGUGGCUACAGGGACAGGGAGAGGGACCGGCGGCCGUCAUACGGCCGAUACGACGACAGAGAUCGGGACAGAGACAGAGGUAAGCAAAGCCAUCCAUCCAUCCAUCCCUGGCUCCACCCACACCUGGAUGGCGUGCAUUUCAGGCGACAUGACCCCAGCGAGCAGCGUCAGCCACGGCGGGCGGCACGUCCACUCGCCCAGCGAGACCCCCAAGUCGUCGGCACACGGGGCGACGGCAGCAGGGGAAGACAAGCCCUUCCACCCGGUGCAGCACCUCCACCUCGACAAGCCCAAGGGGCCCAUCGACACACCCGCAUCGCUCCCUAGGCAGUGAGUCAGUCACUUCUUCAUAAGUGCUGUGCUCGCUCGGCUUAAGAGCUUGAUUUGUCAUGGUGGCUGGUGGUGUGCAUGCUAUGCUCAUCUGAGUCUCUCUCUAACUGUCUGUCUGUGUGUGUCUGUGUGUGUGUGUAUUAGGGGCCGCACAGCGUCGAUAUUCGGCACGGGUAAGCCUCGCGAUGAGAAGGAGAUCCAGCAGCGGAAACAGGUGAGGCGUCUAGCAAUCUCCCUCCCUCCCCGCCGCCUCAUCUCACCACCCCACCACCCCACCAUCCAUCCAUUCACUGAUUCAUUGGCUGCAGGAGGAGAGGGCCAAGGACGACCCGCCCACGCCCGCGUCGGCGUCUGGGUCUGCCUCUGCGUCGGCGGCACACGCCCAUGACGACCCACAUGACCACCACGGUCAUGGACACGGACAUGGACAUGGACAUGGACAUGGCGGCAGCGAGUUCCAUCAGGAGGAAUGGGACAAAGGGCAAAGGUACGCUUCCCUCCCACCCCUCCACAGGACUCACCCCCGACACGCACUCUCACUUUGCUACUGUGUGUGUCUGGUGUCUGCUGUCUACUGCUCAGGUCACAGGGCGAGCCCAAGCACACCCACACCCACACGGACAAGGAGGGUGACGACGACGACGACCACCACGACCACCCCCCUGGCCAGCCCACCCCGCCGGCCGUGUCGGCUACAGCGGCCAUCAAGCCCUCAGGGGGCGGGGGCAACUACUGGAAGGACCGAGAGCAGCAGCACCAGCACCAGCAGCAUCAUGGCGAGACCCUGCCGUCCGGCUCGCUCAUAACGCCUCAGGGGGUGGUGCCCCGCUCACACCCGCCCCCGCCCCCCUCCCGUCCGCCACCGCCUGUCGACGGUCAGUCUGUGUGAGAGGAGAGAGAGGUCCAUCACGGCCAACAGAAGUGACAACACGCCUUCUCUCUCUCUGUGUGGGUGUCUCUGGGUGCAGCAGAUGAGUCACCACCCAAGCAGGAGCAGCAGCCGGCAUAUCGCAUCCUCAAGAGGGAGGACGUCCCUCCCCAUCAUGCCGCCGACUAUGGCGACGACAACCAUCAGCAUGAGGGCGAUCAUGGUGAGGGCGACAGCGACGGCCUGUUCGACCAGGAGGAGGGCGACGAGUGGACCAAGACCACCAAGACGCCCAAAAACAUGAAGUGGCAGGCCAAGCGUGAGAAUGAAGAAUAAGAGCAUCUGCUAGUGUGUGCAGGGGGUGAGGUGAUAUGUGUGGGUGUGUGUGUGUCACCGUGUGCGUCAGGUUCGGAAACCGACCUGUCGCCGACGGACCACGGCAAGAUAGCAGAGAUUCCUGAGGCUAAAGGUGGGUUUAGGUGCGAGCGACAUGGACACGCGGACGCACUCACCACCCGCCACAGCCACAGCACCUUUCUCUGUGUGUGGGUCCAUGUGCAGCAUCGCCCGUCACACCCCCUCCGCUCAGCAGUGGUGGCGGCGGCUCUGUGUGGGGCCGCCCGGGACCAUCAUUCGCCGCUGUCGUCAAAGGCGAGUCGGCCACUCCCCCUUCGCCCGCUCCCCCAGCAGCCCCAAUCCGUUAUAUCAACAACACCACCAGCAGCAGCAGCAGCACCACGAGAGGCCGAGGGCGGGCCAACGGGGCCUUCAACAACACCAGUACCAACAGCAAUAAUCAGGCCAUCCGGCCGCCACCAUUGGGCGGUAUCGGAGGUGACCACAAGCCUCCGCUGAUUCUGAAGGUGCCGCAGGGGGGCCCCCCGGUGCCCUUCGACGAGGGCGUGCACAUGCAGCAGCCGGUGCCCCCGAUGGUGGGAGGGCCGCGGCCGCCGCAUAUGGAGCAUCGUGGCCGUGGGAGGGGUUUGUUGGGGAGGGGGGCGGACGGCAUGGAACACCGAGGAGGGAGAGGGGGCGGCCGCGGUGGAAGGGGGAGAGGAGGUCAGUCAGUCGCGCGCACACACACACACACACACACGCACGACUGAUUGAUACCUACCAAAGACAGAGACAGAGAGUGAGGGAGACGAUGCUCUGUGCCCUUUCAGGUGAUUUCUACGGCAACGCCUACGAUGAGAACUGGCGGACCGGUGCACCCACACCACCCAGAGGUAACCACACAUCAGACCAGACGGGCAGGAACCAUCCCUCAAUGUGUUGUGUUUCUGCAGGCCGUGCUUUCCCACGCGGCGGUCGUGGUGGGCACCCUCGCGGCCGCGGCGACUGGGCUGCCGGCCCGACCACACACGACGGUGACGGCAUCCUGGGGCCGGGAGGAGGUCACGGGCUCCACGGCCAUGACGGCCCCGGUGACGCGCAGCACGAUGGCGACCAGCAGAUGGUGGGGUCGCCCACGUACAACCAGUCGUCGCAGAGGACGCCCACUGGCAGGGGAGGCAGAGGGGGCCGCGGCAGAGGUCAGUAACUAAUACACACACAAACCAGACGACAACCAACCAACACACCAGAACCGCACUGCUUGCUGGACUACAUGACACUUCGCUCGCUCAGGUAACCUCGGUUAUCGCCCCAAACAGGGCAGCCCCUCGCCCACGUCGUCCCCUCAUCCAGCCGACUCGCCCGAGCCGCAGGUGGACGGCCACGGUGGCCGGGAGGACAACAGCCCGGCUGCCCCUGCUGCUGCCGGUGGUGCUGGAGCUGGGGGGGAGGGUGGUGGUGGUGGUAGUGGCGGUGGUAAGGAGGGCAUUGUGCGUCGUCACGACGAGCUGUCGAGUCAGAGCACCCUGCCGAUGGUGGGGUCCAUCUCCAUCAACGGCAAGGGCAACGAACACCUCACAACCGGUACGCUGAUCAGAGAGAGAGGGAGAGGGAUGGACGGACGGAUGGAUGGAUGGAUGACCCCAUGUAUCUCUUCCUCUGUGCGUGUGUGUGUGUGUGUGUGUGCAGCGUCUCGCCAGCAGGCCGACAAGGAGGAGGGUGCCGCCAGUAGUAAGGGUGCUGGCGGCGGUGCCCCUGGCAAGAAGGGCUCCUCCAAGGGCAGCAGCGGCGUCUCCGCCAACAACCCCUUCGCCGCCCUCCAGAACGAUGAUGACGACGACGACUGACUGACUGCCUGACGAGCGGCAUCCGGGCGUCCCGUCUCGUCUCCCUCUGUCUCUCUGGCUCUCUCUGUGUGUCGUCAGUCCCACACUCAUUCGGUAGUCACCUUAGAUGUACCAUUAGCAAGGGGUGGGUGUG